CCAAAACGAACUGUUCGCAUGUGCACGUUGCAUUGUAAACAGGUCGGGAUCUAAUCUUGAAAGGUACUGCUGCGAUCAUCGAUAGUUGAAGGUUAUGUGGAGAAGUCGAUGAUUAUACGAAUUUCUUAUCGAUAUUGUGAAACUAUAUUGUCAUCGAUCCUUCGCUUUAUAUGGGUAUCGACGAUAACUACUUUGCAUCGAGAUAGAAUAUUUUCCUGAAUGAAUCGACGAAUCUCGAAAAUGGUAUCGUUUCCGUAUUUAUGAAUCGUGUGUAUUAAUAUGCCGUGAAUGGAUACGGUUGUCGUGAACGACGAUAGAGGAAUAAAUUAAUAUUACCAGCGCAAACGAAAUGGCUAACACCGGUGUAUUGCCGUUUGUACGCGGUGUCGAUUUCAGUAGCAAUGAUUUUGGCGAUGGCAAAUUUCCGGAGUCCGUUCGUCUUAUGACUGGGAUACAAUGGCUGAAAUUAGACAAAACCAAUUUGACAGAAAUCCCAGAAGAAAUGGGGAAACUGUUGAAAUUGGAACAUCUGUCACUGGUUAAGAAUAAAUUGGAACGAUUGUACGGAGAACUCACGGAACUUAGCUGUCUAAGAACAUUGAAUAUUAGGCGUAACAACAUUAAAUCAAGUGGGAUACCAGCUGAACUGUUUCAUCUAGAGGAACUGACCACUUUAGAUUUGAGUCACAAUAAUUUAAAGGAAGUACCAGAAGGCCUUGAACGAACUCGUUCUUUAUUAAAUUUGAAUUUAAGUUAUAACCAUAUAGAGAUGAUUCCCAAUACAUUAUUUAUUCAUUUAACCGAUUUACUUUUCCUGGAUCUCAGUAAUAAUAGAUUAGAGACACUGCCACCGCAAACUCGCCGUUUAGCUAAUUUACAAACUUUGAAUUUAAACCACAAUCCUUUGGGACACUUCCAAUUGAGGCAGUUGCCAUCAUUGAUGAAUUUAACGACCCUACAGAUGCGCGACACGCAACGAACAUUGAACAAUAUCCCUUCAAGUUUGGAAACCUUGACAAAUUUACAAGAGCUUGAUUUAUCGCAGAACAAUUUGCCCCGAGUACCGGACGCUCUUUAUUCUCUACAAAAUUUGCGUCGUUUAAAUUUGAGUGACAAUCAAAUAACGGAAUUAUCAACAGCUAUAGAACUUUGGACUAAACUGGAAACGUUGAAUAUAUGCCGCAACAGACUGACCGCGAUACCUGCUUCUCUUUGUAAAAUUGUAACACUCAGAAGAUUGUAUUUAAACGAUAAUCAAUUAGAUUUCGAAGGCAUUCCUUCGGGAAUUGGCAAGUUAUCAUCGCUGCAAGUCUUCUCUGCGGCUAACAAUCGUUUGGAAAUGAUACCAGAAGGCUUGUGCAGGUGUGGUUCAUUGAAGAAAUUAAUAUUGACGUCCAACCGAUUGAUCACUGUACCGGACGCCAUUCAUCUGCUUACCGAUUUAGAACAAUUAGACUUGAGGGAUAAUCCCAAUUUGGUAAUGCCGCCGAAACCGACCGAGGUACAGAAAGGGUCAGGAAUUGAAUUUUAUAAUAUUGAUUUUUCGUUGCAACAUCAAUUACGACUUGCUGGUGCAAACGUACCAGCACCGACUCAAAUGGCCGGUAGUAAAGACCCGAUAGCUCGUAAAAUGAGGCUCCGAAGAAGACGAGACCAAGAGGAGGCUGAUCAGGAUCAAGCCAAGAUAUUGAAGGGCAUGAAAGAUAUAGCAAAGGAGAAGAACAAGGACAAAGAGUGCGAAGAGUCCAAAGCAGAAUCGUUAAAACCAAAACGAUGGGACGAGACCCUCGAGAAGCCGCCUUUAGAUUAUUCAGAAUUCUUUGAUGAGGACGCGGGUCAAGUACCUGGUCUUUCGGUGUGGGAGAUAGAGAACUUCUUGCCAAAUGAGAUAGAAGAGGUAGCGCAUGGAAAGUUUUACGAAGGCGAUUGUUACAUCGUAUUGAAGACUGAAGUCGAUGACACGGGAUCGUUGAUUUGGGCGAUCUACUUCUGGAUAGGGGAGAAAGCUACUUUAGAUAAAAGAGCUUGCGCGGCUAUUCAUGCUGUAAAUUUAAGGAAUUAUCUGGGCGCGCAGUGCCGCACCAUUAGAGAAGAACAAGGGGAGGAAUCGGAUGAAUUUUUAAUGCUGUUCGAGUCUGGUAUAACUUACAUCGAAGGAGGCCGCACCUCGUCCGGCUUUUACACGGUCGAGGACACGCCGUUUGUGACAAGGCUAUACCGAGUACACGCGGCGGGUGCUUCUAUUCACUUGGAACCUGUACCGGUUCAGUACGAUUCCCUGGAUCCAGGGUUCGUGUUCGUUCUGGACACAGGCAACAAAGUUUUCAUGUGGUACGGUAAGAACGCGAAGAGCACGUUGAAGUCGAAGGCGAGACUGAUGGCGGAGAAGAUCAAUAAAAAUGAAAGAAAGAACAAAGCCGAGAUUCUAACGGAAAUCAUGAGUUCGGAGUCCGACGAUUUCCUAACGUGUUUGAACGUGAAGGAUACGUCUCAACUUUUACCGAUCGUGGAGCACGUGGAUCCAGACUUUGUGGCCCUUGCGCCUCGUUUGUAUCAAGUCCAACUGGGCAUGGGUUAUUUAGAAUUGCCUCAGGUUGAAGUGCCUCAUGGGAAGUUAUCGAAUACGCUCCUGAAUAACCGCAACGUUUAUAUAUUGGACUGCCAUUUGGACGUUUAUGUUUGGUUCGGUAAAAAAUCAACGAGACUGGUACGAGCAGCAGCAGUUAAAUUAUCUCAAGAAUUGUUCAACAUGAUAGAGCGACCGGAGUAUGCCACGGUCACCAGACUGCAAGAGGGAACCGAGUCUCAGAUUUUCAAAUCCAAAUUUACGGGCUGGGAUGAAGUGAUAGCUGUCGAUUUCACCAGAACUGCUGAAUCAGUCGCUAAGACUGGCGCCGACCUUACGAAAUGGGCCAAACAACAGGAAACAAAGGCGGACCUGGCUGCGCUUUUCAUGCCUAGACAACCGCCGAUGUCUUACGCCGAAGCUCAACAGCUUAUGUCGGAAUGGAACGACGAUUUGGAACGCAUGGAACGAUUUGUAUUGGAGGGAAAGAAAUUCGUACGCCUGCCCGAAGAAGAGUUUGGACACUUUUAUAGCGGUGAUUGUUACGUUUUCCUUUGUCGUUAUUGGAUGCCGUUGGAUACCGCUGAAAACGAAGACGGCGAAGAGCAGUUUGAAGAAGAUUACCAAUGCACGGUGUACUUCUGGCAAGGAAGAGACGCAGGCAAUAUGGGGUGGUUGACAUUUACCUUUAGUCUACAGAAGAAAUUUAAAUCACUGUUCGGUGAAAAUUUAGAAGUCGUUAGAACCCAUCAGCAGCAGGAAAACUUAAAGUUCUUGUCGUAUUUUAAAAGAAAAUUUAUCAUUCAUCAUGGUAAGCGCAAACAGCCAAAGUCGUCUGAUAGUAACAGAGUUGAGUUUUAUCAUUUGAGGAGUAAUGGAAGUGCAUUGUGUACUAGGCUGAUACAAAUACCAGCUGAUUCGUCGUUACUGAAUUCUUCCUUUUGUUAUAUCUUGAAUGUGCCAUUUAACAAUGACGAUAACACUGGAAUAGUGUACGCCUGGAUCGGUUCUAAAGCAGAUUGCGAUGAAGCACGUUUGAUCCAAGAAAUUGCCGAGGAAAUGUUUAACAAUGUAUGUCACGACAUGUAUGGGCCAUGGAUAAGUCUUCAGGUUUUAAACGAAGGUGAAGAGCCGGAUAAUUUCUUCUGGGUGGCUCUCGGUGGAAAGAAACCUUAUGACGUCGAUGCAGAAUACAUGAAUUACACCAGGUUGUUCAGAUGCUCGAAUGAGAAAGGAUACUUUACUAUCAGUGAAAAGUGCACUGAUUUCUGUCAAGACGAUUUAGCGGAUGAUGAUAUUAUGAUAUUGGAUAAUGGUGAACAAGUAUUCUUGUGGUUGGGAAGCAGAUGUUCGGAAGUAGAAAUCAAAUUAGCUUAUAAGUCCGCUCAGGUGUAUAUUCAACAUUUACGAGUGAAGCAACCGGACAGACCGCGCAAACUGUUUUUAACUGCGAAAGGAAAAGAGUCACGAAGAUUUGCAAAAUGUUUUCAUGGUUGGAGUUUGCAUAAAAAGCCGCUUCAAUAAAAUAGGUUUAAUAAAAAUGAUUUUCGUUUUGA